AAAGGCAAGACACCGGCAACAACUUUACGCCACAUUAUUGAGUUUAUCGUUUUUAUAUGUGCAACGUUUAUAUAAAAGGAUUAUUGUGACAAUGAAAUCUUACAUCAGGAAUAUAUCUGAGGAAUCUGGAUCUGGCAGUGAAAUGUCAUGUGAUGAAGUAGUGCAUGACUUAGAGGGGGUUAUAUCGCAGGCGGUGAGAGAGGCGAAAUGCAUUCAGGGGGUCUUCAAGUGCGCCAGCUUUCUCGAGCAUUCCCCGGAGCUGGUUGACUUGUGCAUCUUGCCAGAAGAGCAAGGCAAUGACAUCUCGGCGCAAAUUCAGAAGAAGUUGAUCGAGGCCUAUUGCUGGGAGAACGACAUAAGAGUAGUCAACAUCCCAGAAAAGACCCUCCAAAGUCUUGCGAAGGUCAACAGGAAAAAGACGCCCUUCAUCACCGAUCUUACCUGCGUCUUGUUGACCACUUGGCCUUGCGAUAAUGAGAGUAAUUUCAACAACAGCAUUGGUUGACAAUGACCUGUCACCAGGCAGACAUUAAACGGGUAGCCCAACCCAUUUCAGCACAACCACAAACGGCAGCUGUUGCUAGUCAAUAUUGGCAACAGAUGGCAUUAUGCGUGUGGGAUCUGCAUUAUGAGAUGAUUUGACAUACUUCGAUUGCUCUUGUAAGCUGCAGGGAAAAAUUAUUUACCAACAUUUGAUGCAACCGACAGCAUCUGAGAAAAUGGAUGGUUCACC